AUCAACAUCAUAACCUCAACCUCUUUAAUUUUCUUAUUCCGAUUUCUGUCUUUGAUUCUGAGUAAAUAGUAAAUAACUAGAUGAAACGAUUCCAUAAACAUGAAUCUUGAUUAUGUUUGAGAUUUAAGACAUUAGCUUAGUUGAUGCUUUUAUUAUCAGACUUAUAGAAGAAUUAAACAUAGCUUGGGGAACAAUGGCCAAUUUAGGUGCAAAAGGUUUACUCUGCAUUAAUAGAUCAGCUUUCACAAUAACUGUUAGAUUUGCAAACAGAAUAAAUGUUCAGAAGCCAAGGCCACCUCAUUACGAAAGACAGAAAAUUGAGGCCCUUGUACGACCAAAGUACUUCCAGAAAGGUGAAAGAGAAUCUUGGUUUUUGCCGAUUGCAAAUCAAUGCCUCAAACAAGAAGAAGUUGCCCUCAGAAAGAAAACAGAUGAGGAUAAUCCUUAUGAACGGUUGCUUGCCAAAGAUUUGAGGAAUUGGUUCUUCAACUCCAAGUUGAUUGCAUUUUUUCAUGUGAAUCCAAUCAAAUUUGACCCGAGAUUCGAGGUAGAAGUGAGGCUGAGGAAAGAAAACAUGUACCUUAAACAUUAUGGGAAGCACACUGUAGCAAUGGCUGUGGAGGGAACUCAAUACUCGUCUGUUCUGCAAUUGUUCAACUCACACACCGAAAUUGUCUUUUGCCCCGAACCUAAAGUCAACAAACUGCUUAAAAUUGCAGGCAAAAUGCACAAUCAUGUUUUGUUAGCUGCUGUCGUUGAAGACAGAUUCUUGAGUGUUAACCAACUGAAAGCUUUGAGUCAGUUAAAGGAUAUCACCACUGCGAGAGCACAGUUGGUAUCAAUGCUCAACACAGUUCAGUCCCAGCUGGUGGCUGGCCUGACGUACCAUCAGACCAAUCUGGUGGCAGGGUUGCAACAAUACGCUGAUUCUGAGAAGAAGGAAGAUUCAGCCGCAGACAGCUCGACGCCAGAAAAAACCGAUAAAAGUCCCGAGGCCCCAGAACAGUCAGACACUGACAAGAUAUAGUUGUUGCAUAUUUCAACAUAGUAUAAGUGGUUUUAUUAAAAAGCCUUUUUACACCCAAACACAUUGAAUUGAAACACAUACAAACACAUUUCCACUUAAAGGUGAGGUAUGUUUAAUAAAACCACAGUUACUAAAAAUUCUAUCUAUUUGCAUUGUAAAUACUAUUUGUUAAUAAAAAACAAACCAAAGCUA